AUGCCUUUCAAUUCCCAAAAUGGUUCGCUUUUUGAACAGAACGGCGAGCAAUUUGACUUCAACGUGGACUUUGAGCAGGUCUUCUUCUCCAUCAUCCCGUCUGCCCUCUUCAUAGUGCUCGCAGCAUGGAGAAUUGUUUCUCUUGCUCGAAAGCCCACCAUGGUCAACGCUUCUGCCUUUCGGCUAGGGAAAAUGAGUGCCAUUACAGUGUACGCUGUGCUGCAAAUUGCGCUCGUCAUCCUGGCCGCUGCAGGUCACUUCGACGCCACAGCCAUGUUCAUAGCGACCUCAGCCCUCAAGCUGCUAGCGGCUUUUAUCAUGCUUCCUCUGAGUGAUGUUGAGCACACUCGAUCACCUCGACCGUCUAUGCUAUUGAUGGGAUACCUGCUCUUAACGCUUCUACUAGACGGAGCCCAGUCGAGAACUCUCUACCUGUCCUCCACUCUGGCUACGGAGCGCGCCUACAGCAAUCUAUUUACUGCUGCUUUGGCUGUUAAAGCUGUCGUGCUACUGCUGGAAUCCCAGCAUAAGUCCAGGUGGAUUCAGGCUGGUUGGAACAAAGAUGAGCAUAGCCCAGAGGAAACCAGUGGCAUAAUAUCCAUUGGUGUCUUCUUUUGGCUCAACCGCUUGUUCCUGUCCGGAUACAGCAAAGUCCUUUCCGUCAAUGAUUUGUACCCCCUGGACGGUGCCAUGGACCCAACAAGCCUCCACGAGAAAUUCUCUCAACAUCUAGACAUGGACAAGAUGAAGGGCGACAAAUUCGGUCUGACCAAGGCCCUCAUUCGUACACUUAUAGGACCACUUCUCCUCCCUGUCAUCCCCCGCUUGGCCCUCUUCGGCUUUUCUAUCGCUCAGCCGCUGUUCAUUGAGGGGCUUCUAGACUACCUUUCAAAGGAUGAGCUCAACCCAAACUUUGGCUAUGGAUUAAUUGGCGCCAGCUUUUUGAUCUAUACCGGAAUUGCUAUCAGCUGGGCCUUCUACCGAUAUUAUCAUCAUCGCAUGCGCACUAUGCUAAGGUCUAUCCUCGUUACUGAGACCUUUAUCACGGCCACAAGAGCUCGCAUCGGAGCCGACGACAGCGCAGCGCUAACUCUCAUGAGUACCGAUCUUGAGAGAAUUAGAAUAGGCUUCCGACAACUACAUGAUAUCUGGGCAAGUCUGAUCCAGGUAGUGCUAUGUGCGUGGAUGUUGAAUGGCCGCCUUGGCGUUGUCUUCGUCGUUCCUAUCGUCGUCGUGGUUCUCUGCUUCUUGGGCCUAGUCAUUCUGAUGAAUUUUAUCGGUACGGCACAGAGAAGAUGGAUGUCACUAGUCCAGAAGCGCGUUGGCCUGACGGCUGCUAUCAUUUCCAGCAUGAAGAACCUCAAGAUAUCCGGUCUUUCCUCGUCCGUGAGCACGUUCGUGCAGAAGCUGCGCGUCGAGGAGCUUAUAGCGGGAGUUCAUUACCGCAAGAUCUAUAUUGGGGCGGCGGUCUUUGGGUUCAUUCCGCUGCUCAUUAGCCCGGCCGUGACAUUUGCCUUUGCCCAGAACCAACACCAACUAGACUCAUCGAAGAUAUUCACAAGUCUCUCUUUCUUGACCCUCAUGACGCAGCCUCUAUCGCAGAUUUUCCAGAGUAUUCCCGAAGUUAUCUCUGGCCUGGCUUGUAUUGGCCGAAUUCAGGCAUUUCUGGAGUGCGAGACUCGCGAAGACUUUCGUCAAGUCGUAGCCUCCUCUGAAAAAGGCUUUGAAAAGAGCUCGCUCAACCGUGAGCCUUCAUACGAGUCCGAAGUGGUUAUUGAGAAGGGGAGCUUCGGCUGGGAACAAGACAAGUUCAUCCUACAAGACAUCAACACCAAAAUACCAAAGUCAUCUCUUACCCUUGUUGUCGGACCAAUUGGAUCGGGCAAGUCUACACUUUGCAAGGCACUACUUGGAGAGAUUCCCUUUCACCAAGGUAGAGUCACACUAGGUGCAAGGGCCGUGGUCGGAUUCUGCGACCAGGCUGCGUUUAUAAUGAAUGGAACCAUCAAGGAGAACAUAAUAGGCUUCUCUCCUGUGGAUGAGGAUAGAUAUGCACAGGUGGCUGAGGCAACAGCUCUCAAAUUUGACUUCAACACCCUACCACAAGGCGAUGAAACAAACGUGGGAUCCGACGGUAUCUCCCUAUCCGGAGGCCAGAAGCAGCGCAUUUCCCUAGCACGGGCCCUAUACUUACAAGCCCACUUCCUUAUUCUCGACGACGUCUUCAGUGGCUUAGAUGCGGACACCGAAGAGCAAGUCUUCCGUCAAGUCUUUGGACCAGAAGGAUUGUUGAGACGCCGCCAAACCACUGUCUUACUCUGUACGCACAGCGUUCGACAUCUACAGGCGGCAGACUACAUUAUAGCCCUUGGGGACGGUGGCAUUAGUGAGCAAGGCACAUUCAACACACUGAUAGCUGGUGGUGGCUAUGUUCACCGUCUGGGCCUGAAGAGAUCCGAAAGCGAGACGUCCUCGGAGGAAUUAAGUAUCGAAAAGAGCGCAGAGGAAUCUUCGUCGCCGGUGAAAAAUGAAAAAGCGGCCAAGCUUACUGUUGACCCUAAUAUUGACGCAUCGCGGCAAGUUGGAGAUGGCACCGUGUAUAAGCAUUAUAUCAGAAGUAUGGGGUGGCUGCUCGCAGGAUCUGCCGUUUUCUUUGCUGUGCUCUGGGGCUUCUUCUUGAACUUUUCGACUAUCUGGCUUACGUACUGGGUUGGGGACAUAAAAUCGCAAAGUCCAGCCCACUCUUCGAGUUACUGGGCCGGAAUCUACGCGCUCUUUCAGAUCUGUGCUUUGAUCUCGCUGUUCUUACUUGGUGCCUCCAUUUGGAUAGUAUCCAUCAAACGUGCUGGCGCCAACCUGCAUGAAGACAUCUUAAAGACGCUGUUUCGUGCACCACUUCGCUUUUUCACUGAAACCGACAUAGGUGUCACGACUAAUCUAUUUUCACAAGAUUUGAAUCUCAUUGACACGGAGCUGCCAGAUGCCACCGUCAAUACCCUGUUCUCGAUAAUCCAACGCAUCACACAAGUUGUUGGGCAAAUGGCUGUUAUGCUCGCGUCGUCUCCCUAUUUGGCUAUCGCCUUCCCAUUUCUCGCCGCCCUGCUUUACGUUCUACAAAAGUUUUACCUGCGCACUUCGAGGCAGCUUCGAUUGCUCGACCUGGAAGCCAAGAGCCCGCUAUACACACACUUUCUUGAUAUUGUCAAAGGCAUCACAACAUUGCGGGCAUUCGGCUUCAUUCAUGAAGAUAUCAAAAAGAAUGCUCGUCUUCUCACUUCGAGCCAGCGGCCUUCGUAUCUCCUUCUUAUGAUCCAGGAAUGGCUGAAUGUCGUUCUGGAUGUGGUAGUCAUGCUGUUAGCAGUAGCGCUAACAACGUUCGCCGUGCGCUUUCAUUCUAACUCUGCUUUCGCCGGUGCCGCUCUGUACAGUCUUCUGAGUUUUGGAGAGAACCUUGCUGGCAUUGUUCUGUUUUGGACCAAUCUUGAAACCUCACUUGGCGCAAUUGCCAGACUAAAGACAUUUAACGAGACCGUAAUACCCGAAGACAGAGAUGAAGAGGACAUCGACGCACCCGAACCGUGGCCUCAGCGUGGGGUGGUGGAACUGAAGGGUGUUUCGGCAAAAUAUGACGCUGACAAUGGUGAUGAUGUGGCCAAAAGCCUAGCUCUCCGCGAUAUCCACCUGACCAUCAACUCUGGAGAAAAGGUUGCUAUUUGUGGUCGCACAGGUAGCGGCAAAUCUAGUCUUGUCGCUUUAAUUCUCAAGCUCCUCGAUCCGAUAUCCGCCACGGCGGAAAACAUUGUGAUUGACGAUUUACCGCUCCAUCGACUAAAUCGAUCCGUGCUGCGUCAGCGCAUCAUCGCAGUGCCCCAAGAGGCCGUCUUCUUACCCGACGGAUCUACAGUCCAGAAGAAUCUUGAUAUUGCCGAGGAGGCCACCCUAAAUGAGUGUAGAACUGUGCUCGAGUCCGUCGGCUUAUGGGACAUUGUUGAGGAAAGAGGUGGCCUAGCCGGAGGAAUGAAUGCUUCGAGUUUCAGCGCUGGACAGCGGCAGCUGCUCUCAUUUGGCCGAGCCCUGCUCAGACACUCAGUUCGAGAGCGCAAGUUUGGGGCCGCUGGGAAACUAGGUGGCAUCCUGCUUCUAGACGAAGUAAGUUCAAGCGUGGACCAAAAGACGGAACGCAUCAUGCAGGAGAUUAUUAGAACCGAGUUUACAAACUACACGGUCAUUGCGGUCAGCCACCGACUGGACAUGAUUAUGGACUUUGACAGGGUGGUGGUUAUGGAUACUGGCGAUAUUGUGGAGGUGGGCAAGCCGGCCGUGUUAGCGCAAGAGACUGGAACUAGAUUUGGUGAGCUUGUCAGAGCAGGGAACAAGUAG